UCCUCAAGUUCUCUCGUUAUCGAAAAAUCAUCGUCAGUUAUCAAAAAAUCACCAGGUACUCCGAAGGUAAUUUGUGAAGAAAACGACCUUGCCCUUGACAUCGUCACAUCGAAACCAUUUCAAGGCAAUGUAUUCGUGAAGGGACGAGCAAAAGACAAGUCCUGCCGUCAGUCCUAUGCCAAUAACGGUACUAACACGUACUCUCUUCCGUUGGGUAAAUGUGGGAUGCAACGACUACGAUCGGCUAAUCCUAGAGGGGUGAACUUUGCCGUGACAGUGCUCGUAUCGUUUCAUCCGGCUGGAUUCAUCACCAAAAACGAUCGAGCAUUUCUUGUGAAAUGCUUUUAUAUGGAACCGGACUCAAUUGUAACACAGUCGAUUGACGUGAGCAGUCUUCCUACCACCGAACUAACGGAUUCCAUGUCUAUGCCGAAAUGCGAUUAUUCAGUUCGUCGUGACUCACCCAACGGUCCCACUCUGACGUUUGCCAACGUAGGAGACACGGUUUACCAUGUAUGGGAAUGUAGUCCACCCGACAUGGGAAUGCUGGUAAAAAAGUGUUUUGUCACUGAUGGCGAUGGAGAGAAUCAUGCAGUAAUCGACUACGACGGGUGCUCAACAGACAGUUUCCUCCUCAACGAACUGAUCUAUGACCAGAAUUUAAUGAGAGCACACACAGUAAGCCAGGUAUUCAAAUAUGCCGAUUCAAACCAGUUGUACUUUACUUGCCAAAUACGAUUAUGUCAGCGACAAAUGGGAAUGUGCCAAAACGUGACGCCUCCACAAUGUGAUUUGAAUCGACCCAAGAGACCACGUCGCGCCACGAUGAUGUCGAACGAUCUGGAGAUCGACGUCACGACGGGCGAGAUGUUAGUGCUGGACAAAGACGAACGACGUCAGCUCGACGGCGUUCCACUCUGUUUGCCGAAGAUCACCCUGCCAAUGAUUCCACUCAUCCUAGUCACUGUUGCUGCCGUUUCCACAUCCGUCACUCUGCUCGUUGUCAGACGACAAAAGGAGAAAGAAUUUUGUACAGCUCAAACACCAUCAACCUACUAA